AGGCACAUACCAAAGAAGAUGGCGGCGGUGGGCUCUGCCAAAUCCGCUGGAUUGGGGCAGGCAGACAAAACCAGGCCUUGCGCUCCUGCUGCUCCUCUGACUCUGGAGGAAGCUCGGUGUCCCGUGUGCUCAGAGAUACUGCUGGAGCCUGUAACGAUGCCAUGUGGACACUCGGUGUGCCUGCAUUGCUUCCAGCGGACGGUGAAGUUGAUCAGUUUAUGCUGUCCGCUGUGCCGGCUGCGAGUGUCCAGCUGGGCCCGUAAACAGUCCCGGGAGAAGAGCCUGGUCAACACUGAACUCUGGGAGCUGGUUCGGCUCAGUCACCCGGAGAGAUGUAAGCGGAGGAUGGAGCAAAGAGAUGGAGAGACCGCGGACGAUGAAAUUUUUCGUGCACCUGUACCCAUUCAUAAGUCUGGAGAAAUGCGUCAAGAGUACGAUAAACUAAAAAUCAAGGGUGGAGGCGGUGAUGAUACUGAGGAGAGAAAGAAAAAACACCCUCUUCGCAGAAUGGAUGAGUGUGGGAUGCUGAAGCAUUGUCAAUAUCCUUUCUGUGGAGUCUCAGAUGCUGAGAAUGAAGAGCCCGUUGGAAAGAGGACCAGACAUGUUUCAGCAUUUGUACGAAAAACAAGGUGCUCCCUUGAUUGCAAUAGAGGUUGCCUUCAUAGCAGUGCAGUUCAGAGGAGCAGGAGCUGUACUGACUCUGAGGAUGGCAGAGGAAAAAACAGAGGUCAUGUACAUUCCAAUGUUCCUGAAAAGGCUAACAUCACUCAUAGUUACAACGCUGGAAUUCUUCUCUCCUCUGAGAACAGUAGGUCUUUCUCAGCACCGGUACUCAGCCUAGAUAAGAGGCUCCACUGGCGGGGUGUCCACACCUCCUCUGCUUCACUCGGGCUUCAGGCUAAACCAGAGAGGUCCAUUAGCCCCGAGAGCAACGAUAGCAUAUCAGAAGAACUGAACCAUUUUAAGCCAAUCGUCUGCUCGCCAUGCACUCCACCCAAAAGGUUGCCCGAUGGGCGACUUUUGGAACCCACGAUUGUAAAGUCAACACCUAGGAACUUGGCACGCAGUCUGCACAAGUCGACAAGCUACGAGGCCAGCCCCACCAUCUUGCAGAAGUGGAAGCAAAUUGAGGUGGAUCGUCAGUGCAUCAAAGUGAACUCUAAAGGAACCAUCACAAGUCCGAUCGCAGAAGAUCUCUGUCUUAAACUGAGUACCGUUGAAGAGAGGGACAUUCAACCCUGCAGCUGUGUUGUAACCAAGGACAACUUGCAAGAUCAUCAUUGCAUGUGCCGUGUAAGCACCGAAGAGUCUAAAAAUCGGAAAGAAAAGCCUGUACUCUGGAAUAAGCGAUGGCUGGUUUUUGAUCAGUGUAACAAAGAGGAAGGUACACAACCAGCUAGUGCUCUCACCAAAUCGACAACACAAACUAUUGCCGAUACUCCAACCCCAAAGGGGGACAGCAGAUUUGAAACACUUUGUAAAUACGGACCAUCAGGUGUGAGUGAUCAGAUGUUAGACAAGCAUGUUGGACAUUGUAAUCAGGGUACUAUAGACCCUGUGAACCUUAUAAAUGUGCCCACUACCAGGAGCUGUGAACUUAUCAGACCUACCUCAAGAAGGGGCAAAAAGAGAAGCCACAAAACCAAACACUUAGAAGAGACUGUACAGUCAAAAAUAUCCAGGAUACAUUGUUGCAAUGCCUGCAACAGAUUUGAUGAUCUGUUUGUUCGACGAAUUAAUCAGGAAAAGGAGGACAGAGAACUGGCACUUAAGUUACAAAGACAAUUUGAUAGAGAACGUCAAAAAGUGGACAGGCACAAGACAAGUCAUAACAAAUAUGUACUCCGGUCUUGGGCUACAAAAGAUGUGACUGUAGAACACAAUACACGCAGAUCAGAUAGAAUAUCCAAAAGAAAUGAGCACUUUAACUGUAGUUGUUAAAAGGACCUACAUUUAUUGUAGUGUUUUAUUUUAGCGAUUAGUCACAAGUCACUAAAGUUUUCUUUUAUUUUGGCAGAAAAUAGGCUGGAGAAUAUUGUAAUGCAAGAUACAUAUUUACUUAUUUUUCUUGUAAUCUAUCAGCUUUUCAUCCCAAGCAACUUGCAAUUCAUCAGCAGAAACAUUCCACAUGGAGCAAAAUUCGGGUUAAGUGCCUUUGUUCAAGGGCACGUGUUGGGUAAAGUACUCAAAAUAAUCCACUAAACUGAUUAAUUUAAGGAAUGUUCCAGGUUUUAUGAAAAGGAGGGACAAGUCAAAAUAAAUUUGUGUGAUAAUCAACAUUAUACCACAAAUGCUGUCGAUUGAGCUUAACUUGUAUUGAACCUGGAACAUUCCUUUAAGGCCAAAACAUACUCUAUGCAAGUAUGUGAAUGCAGAUGCAAGCGCUUGGCCACCGCUUUGCCAAUGGUCGGUCUGGUUGAACAUGCUUACAAACCUCAGUACUCGAGGCGAUAGAGUUACCGACAAAUGCCUGUGCCAUUAAACUGGAUGUGUUGUCAUUAGAUAAUUUGCUAUACAUAUAUUGACUUUAACUUACUUGCUCAGCAAUAUUCUCUUCAAACUGUUGCUUCAUCACAGUAGUUGAGUUGAAAGAGAAAACACACCGUAGAAGCGGACAGUUCACUCUAAUUUCGCUACAGCGUCCCAUAGCAACGUUGAGAAUGCAAGAUGCGCCUGCGUUCACAUACUUGCAUAGAUUAUGCUUUGGGCCUUCAUCAAAAAAGUCAUCACAUUAAUGACUUUCUAAAACACUUCACAGAAAACGUUUUUUUUUUUUUUUUUUUUUUUUUUGCUCAAUGUAUUCAAAAUAAUGUCUAUUUCCUUCUUGUUCAUUAUUGCAUGCAAUUCAUGCACUCAGCACCACAGGUUUUGCCCUUACAAUGGUGUAUGCUUCAGCUGUCACAAACACAAAGAGACAUGCAUGUGAACAUAAUAUGUUUUAAAUUCUACAUAAUACUAUUUUAUAAAUAUGUAAUCCAAGUAAUGUACUUAAAACAGCCUGGUCUCAUGAACAUUACAUGACUGUGGCAACAUUUUUGCAGAACAAAAAUAAUGUGCCUUUUUACAUUUCGCUGCAGGGGAUGAAAUGUCCAGUGGGGGCGCCAAAAGCGAGUGAAAUGUUGUCAUUAUCAGACAAGGUUUUUAAGUUGAAUAUUAGAUGGAGGUUGAAAUUAGUAAAACGUACCUCCAAAAUGAGCAAAAAUUAUAAAUGAAAAGCUCAUUUUCUAAAGCAACCAUGUCAUCUCAUGACACUUCUAUGACACCCUCGUCUCAUGUUUAAGCUUGUGUGCUUGACUGGUCUCGAACCGCAUACUUAAGGGUCCAAAGUCCAACACUCUAUCAGGUGAGGCGCUGCGGAAGCAAAUCACGUUGAAAUAAGUGUGUAAAUGUAGGUGAAUCUGUAAUGCAAGCAUUAAAAUAUGUUGUUUUUCAAAUGAUGCAUUAUAGUAAGUGUUUCGAUAUCAUAACAUAGCAGUGUGUGAGUAACAGGGCGAAAAAUAAGUGUUUACAAAGUCAUAAGCCAUUGUACUCAUGAUUUGUGUGAAAGUGAAUCAAAUGCACAGUUGUUGUAGCGCCUCUAGUGUUGAUUUGACCAGGAAAAUGUGACGAAACAUAGAAUGCGGCAUGUAAAAGUCAGUUUGCAAAAAAGUAGUUAUAGUAAUGUGCAUUCUGUGAGACUAGGUUGAAAUAAAAGUAAUUAAAUUCAUUGAAAAUUAGUAACUAUAAUCUGAUUAGUAGAAUUUAAAAUUGAAUGCUGCUUUUGUCUUAAUAAUUAUUAGAUUACAGUAAUUACAAAGUAAUCAGAUUACACCCAGCCCUGAUGGUCAUUCAUGAUUGUGCUCUCAGCAACUUUCCCAUAGUGAUCUGGAUUUGAACCUGCAGUUUGUUUCUAUCCAGCUUUGUUUAUCUGUCAUCUAUGUCCAAACCCAAAAAGAGAGGAAACUAGCUCUAUGUUGGUCUGAGGACAGAAAAUAUACAGUAUAAAGAACUUUGAAAGGCUCUUUAGCAUUUCAGUAUUUCAAGUAUGUUUAGUUUUUUGAGUCAGUAGUAGUACUCCUUACAGUCUCUUUGUUCUCAUAAUUACUCCACAAGAAGUCUGUUUGCAUGUUUCAAAGAAUAUCAUAGGAACGGAACAGAACAGAAGAUGUUGUGUACAAAAUGUAGCAUAACCCUUUUAGCCCAGACAUUGGAAAAUUGAUUUCUUUAAGCAGCCACCUUACAUGAAUCUAAAACAUUUUCUUCAUAAAUGAUUCAUUGAGGUGGAAAAGAGUAAAAUUGCAGCCCAAGACAAGAAAUAUACUCUAUGCAAGUACAUGAACGCAGAUGUGAAUGCUUGACCAAAAUGUUGCAAGCACACUGUCACGUUGUUGUCAUAAAGUUGGUGUGUUAAUCUUUCGAUGUUAAAAUACUUUUAUCCCCACCUAAAAUGCAGAGAGAACUACAAGUAGCUGAGUCAUUCAUAUGUUGAUUGUUAUGAUAGUUGUUCUGACAGAGAAAAGUGACCUCAGAAGAAGACAGUUUACACUGAUGCUCACUACAACGGCCAUUACAUCAAUGCUGAGAGUGCAACGCAUAGGUGCAUUACAGAUUGGGCUCUGACACAUUUCAGAACACAACAGCAAGUAAAAUCCAGCUUGCAUAGCUAGAAGUGUUUGCUUUUGCAUACGUGUUGAGUAUUUUCCAGGCCUAACUAAUAUACGUUUUGUGUUAAGUAAAAUAACUAUAAAGUAGUUUGUUCUGUUGAAACCCUAAAAGACACUAUGCGACAGUCAAUGUUAGUCCUGAUUUCUAAAUGCAAUUAGUUUUAUUUGUUACAUUUAAUUUAAACUUUUGUAUUUUAAACCUUUUUUUGUUUGUUUGUUUUUCUACAAUCAGGAACACUUAUCCAUAUAAUUUAGAUAUCAUAACUGUUUCUAAAUAUUACUGACUUGUGAUUCAAGACAGUUUGAGAGGAUGCAAAUAAAUGCAUUUGGACACUUCUGUAAAAGCUUUGCAUGUAACACCAGAAUGAAAAAUCUAGCUUGAUUCGACAACAAGCAAAACAAAUUGGUUAAUUGUCUUUAGGAUUUUUUUUUCUGUUAUAUUCGUUUUGAAACAUUUUUAGAGUUUCUCAGUUUUUCAUUUUUCAGCUUGAUGUUCACCCACUGUGAAACACUACUCUGAAAGGCUGCUUUUUUCAACUUUCUUAAGCAAUGUUUACUGAAGAGAUCUAUUUUGUGACUUGUGUCUGCCAAGCAAGCUUUAAUCAUGUUACUUUUGAUGAAAAAUUACACAUUCACACAGACCAUGUACAUGCACAUACAUUUAAUCUUGCUUUUCACCUUAUUUUAUUUUUAUUUAGACAGGUCAUUGUUUGUAAUGUGCCAACAUGGCUGGUUUCUGCAAAUUGGCUAUAUAUAUAUAUAUAUAUAUAUAUAUAUAUAUAUAUAUAUAUAUAUAUAUAUAUAUAUAUAUAUAUUUACAGGUUAAUUUCAUGAUUUCAUGUUCUAUACAAUUUUUCUGUAGACUACAAGAUGUACUAUUGAAAAGAUAAAAUACAUUUUUAUGCAUUACUGUACUAUUUUGGAAAUAUGACUCGCCUAUAUUGACACUGAUGCAAAGACGUUAUUGGGGAUUGCAAUUUUUGACUGGCUUUUAAAGCACUUGGAUUGUCUUCCAUUGUUGAAAGGUAUUUGCUGGGUUUGAAAGAGAAUGUUGUGUUAUUUUGAAAAUAUAAAUUCUGUGCAAGUGUAAAGCACACAUAUUUAUUGGAACGGUACUUUGUGAUAAUGUCAUUUUAAAAAUAUGGCCUUUCUAAAACACAGGAUUGUCUGCUUUCAAUCAAUAAAAAACUAUGUGCAUACAUUAUCUAUAACUGGCAUUAAAGUAAUGAAAUAAUGUAGCGUUCACUUUAAAGUUGAUUUUUGCCUUUUUAUGAAGUAUUUAAAGCAUUUACUUUGUAUUUGACACAUUUCAUUAGAUGCUCAGGAUGAAAAUGUGUUUUUGUUGUUUAAGUGAAAUGCCUUGCUCUCUUUUGACAGUCUAUUCAAUGCUAUUCAUGAUCAGCCCUAUUCUUUUUCAUUUUUAUAACUUGACAAUUCAUAUUUGCCAAUCCCUCUCUGCAUUUUUUGCCUUGUUUAACUUGAAGGAAUUCACUGAAGAAAAUUAAGAUAAUUAUAAUUAUUUUUUUUUUUAUCCAAUUAAUAAAACAAAAUAAAAACUCAA